UUGAGACUCCUGUGGCCAGUUCGUUCGGACCGACAGUAGUAGCAGUUGGUGGUGUAUCGCAGCAACCGCAGAGGAAUUCCACCGUGGAAUACCACGAAGGACGCGUUGCCGUUCGCUGGCUUCGGGCGCGAGUUCUUCCUAUUAUUUGGAACCUUCCUCGUUCUUCACUGUAUUUACAAUUAGAACGAAAAGAAGAAAGUUUAGAAGAAGAGGAAAAAGUGGUAUAUGAAAAGAAGUGCAGUUAGUGGUGGUGUUUCGCUGUGAUAAUGACGGUUACGUAUACGGGGGAGGUACCCAACGGGAGCACAUUUGGUUGUUUUUGGAAGAUUUUGAGAAAAUGGAGAGGCAGUGUUUACAAACUGGUAUGGAGAGAACUCUUAGCCUACUUGUUCCUAUAUUAUUCCAUAAACUUUAUAUGUAGAUACGCUUUGAGCACCGAACAAAAAAGGACGUUCGACAAAAUUCGAGUGUACUUCAGUCAGCAAAGCGAAACCAUACCCAUGUCUUUUGUACUAGGAUUUUAUGUUUCGUUAGUUGUUAAGCGAUGGUGGGAGCAGUACAAAUUACUUCCAUGGCCUGAUACCUUGGCGUUAUUUGUAAACGCUGGAAUUCCUGGAAUGGAUGAAAAACAAAGACUCAUGAGGCGAAAUAUCGUUCGAUAUGCGGUUUUAGCCUAUGUGAUUACACUUCAAAGGGUUUCAUUAAGAGUGAAGAAACGAUUUCCAAGCUGGCAACACGUGGUUGAUUCUGGUUUGAUGUUGGAAAGUGAAAGAAAGAUUUUCGAACUAAUGGAUGGAAAAACGCCAAUGUCAAAAUACUGGAUGCCAUUGGUUUGGGCGACGAAUAUAAUUAACAGAGCUCGAAAAGAAUCGGUUAUAACCAGUGAUCAUAUCGUGCAAACAUUACUGAUAGAAUUAUCUGAUAUAAGAAGACGUUUGGGUGCUUUAAUCGGAUAUGAUACAGUUUGUGUGCCAUUGGUUUAUACUCAGGUUGUAACUUUGGCAUUGUACGCCUAUUUCAUUGCGGCGUUAAUGGGCAGACAAUUUCUGCCAGAUUUACCAGAAGCAGGAAAUCCAAUGGGAAAAUAUGAAGAACCAGUGAUUUAUUUUCCAUUUUUUACUGCUCUUCAGUUUUUCUUUUAUGUCGGAUGGUUAAAAGUCGCUGAAGUGUUAAUAAACCCAUUUGGAGAGGAUGAUGACGACAUUGAAUUAAAUUGGCUUAUAGAUCGACAUAUUAAGGCUAGUUACAUGAUAGUAGACGAAAUGCAUCAAGAACAUCCCGAAUUACUAAAAGAUCAAUAUUGGGAUGAAGUAGUUCCGAAAGAAUUACCAUACACAGUAGCUUCUGAACAUUACAGAAGGGAAGAACCUAAAGGUUCAGCUGAAAACUAUAAAGUUAAAGCGCAAGAUGCUUUGUACGCAAAUUUAAUUGGAACCACACGAAAAGUAGAUAAUGACAUGUAUGCUGAUUAUGAAAGUGUUGACACACCAAUAGUUGAAAGGCGAAAAAGUUCGAAUUGGUUCACCAGACAGAUUUCAAGAACCCGCUUGGGUUCAGUAAGAUCGGCGUCGACGGCUUACUCAUCGGGAGGCCUUUUCGGUAGGCACAGGGGGAAUUCAGUGUACGCAAGUCCUGAGGCAGGGCUUCCGGGUGUACCUCCGCAAAAAACGUCUAUUUACGACAAAUUAACUGGGAAAAACCAACGACAUGCUACAAAAGUUAAAAGUCGUCCAAGAAUUCCAACCCCAGAAGUAACAAAAGACGUUGACAAAGACAAUCAUCAUCGUCUUCCAAACAGCAAUACAAUCUUGCACAACUCAAUGUCUUCUGGUGUAACUUUAACACCGCAUCAAUUUCAAACAAACUACUUAAACUAUCCGGACAGUGAUGGUCCUCUAGUCCAAGUAGUUUUAUCCCCUAUCCAAGAAUUGGAUAGUAGCAGUUCUGUGAAUACAACCCUUUUACCAGGACAACCUGGUACUGCAGCUUUAGCUCAAGCGGUUUUAUCUCCAGGUUUAGGACCAGUUCUUACUGGCCCUGUUGGAGUUCCUAUUACCGUUCCUCAACUGUCCACAUUAGGAUUGGCUCAAAUUGGAAAAAGUCCUCUUCUAACCAGACAUACUUUGGAAAAAAGUAAUCCAGCUUUUAUACAAGCUUUCGGUCAUUCAAAACCGAGUACACCACCAGAAACGCACAUUAAAUUAUUGGAAGUCCAAUCAGACGAAGAAGGUGAACAACACGUAAGCAGUAGGAGUAGUAAUUCUUCAAAAAAAUCCGAGGGAUCGAAUGUUUCUAAAGAAAGCAAAGAAUCCCAAGGAUCCACGGCAUCUAUUUCCUCCAAAAACAGUUUAGAGGUCACAAAAAAAGUAUCCAAUAAUACUUUAUCGUCUUUAACACCUCCAAAUGGAGAUGUACUGAGUGCUUCAAAUGCAGUUACUAAUACCAUUAGCACGACAUCUGAUGAUAGAUUAAGGAAAACAUCUACUACAUCUCAAAGUACCAAGGAUAAACGAGAAGUUUAUGUCUGAUAUAAGACAAUUAAAUGUAAUACAAAAAAACAAAAUAAUUAAAUGAAUUGAUCGUGAUAACUGACGUUGCGUGUAUAAUCGAGUAUUGAAAAGCAUUGUGAUAUAAUUUUAUAUUUUAAAGAGAUGUGUAUAUAUUUACAUAUAUAUAUAUAUAUAUAUACACUAUUUUUUUAAGGUAAAAGAGCGAACAAACUGGAAAAGUGAAUUAUUAAUGUUUAGCGUCCUUAAAAAUAUAUUUUGUUACUCUCCAAAAGAAAAUCGUAGGAUAGAACAAUCAUAGAGAAUUUGAUAAAAAUGAUUUUACCUAGAAGAAAUAUAAACAAUAUAGCGAAUCUCUAUGUUAUAAUAAUUUAUUAUUUAGGUGUAUUGUAUGAUGACCAAAAAAAAAAUAAAUAUGUAGAAGAAUAUGUAAAAUAAGUAAGGAGGCAUGUCAAUGAUAUAGAACGUUUUUGAAGAGAUUUUAUUAUAUUGCAUAUUAAGAAUGUAUAUUUUUAAAAUAAAGUUUCUAAAAGGUUAAA